ACACAACUCAUAUGAACCCAUCUAAAAAUAAUAUUGAUAAUAAUAAACGUGUACAUAUAAAUGGUGGCUCCAUAUUGGUGGGCUAUAUGCAUUUGCAAUAUUUCAUAUCCAUAUUGCACGAAUUCAGCAUGUGCUCAAUUAAUUGGAUAGUAAGGCACACUUCUAGCGCACUGGAACGCACCAUACGUUCUUCCAUGAAGUACGUAACAUUUCGCUGAAAAACAACGUUUUCAACACGGGUUCCUAAAUGACUGGUGGCAGCCAGCAUCACAUAGAAGAUGAACAAAGGUGAUUGGGAAAACAGAUUGAAGAAGGUGGAAGAACUAGCUCAGUCCUUCCAGCAGUGUCCUUUGACCUCAUGCUACAAACCUAGGCUGUCCCGGCCAUGGCAGCCAUCCUCCAUAUGGAAGCUCUUCCCUCGUCAAUGUAUGGCUAUCAACUUUGCACAGAGUUGCAGAGAGGACGUACACGUGUUUGCACUUGAGAAGGAACAGGCAAAGAUGGGUCAGAGGAUCUUCCUGGUCACCAGUUACAGUGAGCUAUGGCAUUACUACAGUACCUACAGGCAAUCUCUGAUGCAUUGCUAUGAGGUGAUCCCAGAGGGGGCUGUUUGCAAGCUAUAUUUUGACUUGGAGUUCCACAGGCCCUCCAAUAAGGGCUUUGAUGGGAAGUGCAUGGUGGCCUCCCUCAUCCAGUAUGUGUGUGAGAAGCUGGAGGAGGUGUAUGGGAUUGAGUGCUCUGGGAAAGAUGUUCUGAACCUUGACUCCAGCACAGAGGAAAAAUUCAGUCGCCAUCUCAUCUUCAUUUUACCGAAUGCAGCAUUUAAGGAUAACCUACAUGUCGGGCAAUUUAUCCAUUUGAUUCUGCAACCAGUGCUGAGCGUGAAUAGGAGGGGAAGUGAACUUGAGAAUGACAUGGGUGGAGUCACAGAGGACAGUGGCAAAAGGGGGCUGAUUGGAAGUCCACAGGCCAAGAGGCCCAGACAGGAAGAGAGGGACCUCAGCUUCCUGUUGGUGAAAAACAAGGACGGACAGGAUGGGCUUUUUGUUGACCUCGGUGUGUACACCAAGAACAGAAACUUCCGUCUCUACAAGUCAUCUAAGGUGGGGAAGAAUGUAGCCUUCACUGUCGCAGAGGACAACAAGUUCAUCACCAAGCCUAAAAGGAACAUCUCUGCAGAGGAGAGCUUGUUCCAGUCCUCCUUAAUCAGCAACGUAAGUUUCACCGGUCAGAAGAUUCUGACAUGGGACCUCCAUGACGAGAGGGACGGGAUAUGCCCCAAGCCUCAUGCUCAGCUGGGUUCGACUUCACACUGUGUUUCAGACUCUUUGGGAGGCUACCAGUGUUCUCCCCACAAAGAAGUGGACAACUUUGUUCUUUCUGUGGUGAAAAAGGAUGGCAUCCAAGGAAGCAUACGACGGUGGAAUUACUUUGUUUCAGAGCAGCUACUUGUCUACGACAUCCUAAAGUACCGCUGGUGUCAGAAUGUUCACCGGUGCCACAAAAGCAACAACAUCAUGAUUCUGGUGGAUCUUAAACAGGAGGUCUGGUACCAGAAGUGUCAUGACCCUGCUUGCAAGAGCUUCAGAUCUUCUAGUUACCCAUUACCACAGGACAUCUGCGUCAGCUACUUCAUAACAAUGGAUGAGGAGGACCAGGCAUAUCUGAUGGACGACGUGGGGAACAUCGAGCUCAGCCAGACACUCCCAGUGGAGAAGUACCUGGGGGGCUCGGCAGCAACACUUCCCCAGGGAGAAGACCGCGAUUCCUGUGGGGAUGACCAGGCUUACCUGGAGGCCCUGGAGGAUGUUGAGAGAAGCACAGGCGAUUUGGCAGAGGAUGAUGUCCCAGAUGAGCUUCUGCUCCAAACCAUGACUGAGUUUGAGUCCCUCAAAGAUUUGUGCUUGUCGGCCACUAAGUGCUAAGUGCAUUUUCCUUCAAUUCUGUUCAUGGAGAGACAGGGUGACCAGGCUUUUGCUCCAGCUCAGGGGGAACCCACCCCAUUCAACUAUUCAAGGGCUUGAUGGUGUGUUGAGGUGCUGGGCUGGAACAAAAGCCUGCCAGCCUGUGAGUCUACAGGAGCAGAAUGGAAGAAGACUGCAUUAGAGGGAGGUUAUACUUGUCCAACAGUUCAUUUAUCAUUUGUAAUACAGGCUCCUGAGUGACGCAGUGGUCUAAGGCACUGCAUCUUAGUGCUAAAGGAGUCACUACAGACCCUGGUUCGAUUCCAGACUGCAUCACAACCGGCCGCACAAUUUGCCCAUUGUCGUCCGGGUUAGGGUUCGUCAGGGGUAGGCAGUCAUUGUAAAUAAGAAUUUGUUCUUAACUGACUUGCCUGGUUAAAUAAAGGCUAAAUAAAAACAUUGAAAUUCAGUACAAUCCUCAAUUUCAAUUACUGGCUGUUAAUGCACUUUAUAAAACAGUGGUUUUUCCCAAUUACCUAGGCCUAUAGCAGGGGUCUCCAACAGGUCAAUUGCAAGGUGCAGAUAGCUCGCAGCCCACCUAUGAGUAGCAAGCCAAACAAUUCUGAAAGUACAUGCAAUUGUCAUGUGUUCCACUGCAAACGGUCAUAAACAAAUCUCACAAGUAUCAGACUGCAACCUCUCAGCUACUAUCUAGUCAAUGCCGCAUUGACAUCAAACCCCUGGUCAGCAACUAUUGGAUUAAAAACCCAAACCUAACACAAUAUCUGCCAUAUUAAUUUGUAUUAAUUUGCGUUUGUCUAUCACUGUGUAGCCAGAAAUACUUUCCCAAAACCUGUAUUAUUUGCAAACUUUGCCAUGAAAUGAGCAGCAGCAGUACACAUUCCACAUAGAUAUGCAAUUAAAGGUUAAUUACACAUGGAUUUUUUUGUUUCCUCCAGAUUCAAGCAUUGCCAUGGACUCAGAACAUCCAAUUAUGUUUCUAUAUGAAACAAUUGUAUUUGAGUGAAAAUGCAACAAAAUCUAAAAAUAUUUUUAAUUAAGUAGCUCUCAUGGUAGAAAAUGUUGGACGUGUUAUAGUGUGACAAUUACCACAAAUGUCUGGGAAUAUGCCAUUAAAAAGAGCAUCGUCAGCUGUGUAGUGCGCUGCACAAUAAAGCACCUUGCAUUGAAUGUCGGCCCUACUGGUUCCGAUAGCGUAGAAUUGUAUACAGGAUGUUUCUGAUAACAGGUAAGGAGUUGGUAAAUGUUCAGUUUUCUGGUC